UACAUGAGUAGUGCACGGUGGCGAUUCCUAGUAGAGUGCUGCGCGGCCCGAGCCCUCGGCCUCUGCCUGUGGCAGCCGACCCCCUCGCUGGCUCUGCCGUGUCGCACGCGCGAGGCUGUCAUUGCACUUGUCAUCAACAACACGGCAAGAACCACUCGAGACAGCGACGAAUUUCGAAGCGACGAACCGAAAAACCGCAGACAACACAAGUUGCUCUCCCUAGUCAGCAGAGACCAUGAGAGUCCUCCUCCUCGCAGCGCUACAAACGAGCAGCGCCUUCGCGCCGCCGACGCGCCCCCUACACGUCACGAAACCGCAGCGACAAACAUCCGUCCAGGCGUUACCGAGCUUGCCGGGCUGGGUGCCGUCGCUGCCGGCGGGCACGGGCCAGGUCGCCGGCGACCUGUCCUUGUUCACGGUGAAAACAUUAAUAGCGUGGGGCGUGCCGGCGUUCGUCGUGGCGUUGGUCGUCUUUCCUUUAGCAGAUGCCAUUUUUGGCGGAGACGACGAGGACCGAAAGUCACAGUUGGAGGGCGGGGCCUUCGGCGACGAGUUCGCCCUUGAAGAUGAACAACCACAACCUCCAGGACUGCCCUUCGGGCGGAAGAAGCCGCGCCGGGCGCCGAACCGACCCAAAGCGCCCCAGUACCUCAAGGUCGAGAGAUUGAACGAACGGCUCGAGUCCUUCGAGUUCUCGCUGGAGAGUGCGUCGGCGGGACGGUACGCGGCGCGUAAAGCGCGGCGCAACCGUAGAUUAGGCAAGGCCUUUGGGGACGAGCUCGGGUUGGCGGGGUUGUCGGACGACGGUCCGCGGCCAGUGUUUUUUUGUCUUCAACGUGUCGCGGCGACGGCGUCCCGACGCAUACGCCAUCGACGCGGCGCCCCGCGCAGCCCUCGACGCCGUCGCCGACGCUGAAAGAGACUACCUCAAGAAGUCCACGGAAGCCCGGAAGAACGUGCUCGUCGCGCGGGCGACGCUCCGCGGCCUCGCGGCGGCGACGAACGCGACGUCGGCCGAGAACGCCACGGCAGUCAUCGAAGAAAGCGGCCUCGGCGCCAAGGUCAAGAAGCUCAUGCCCUUCGGCGGCUCCCCGAAGUCGAACCGCGACGACGCUUUAAAUGCCUUAGCGGACGCGACCAAAGAACAACAAGUCGCCGAGCUCGACUAUUUGGGAGUUGUGGCUUCGCACCUGCCGGACGACGUAGCUAGAAGGAGACUAGGGCAAUUAGCAAGUGAAGGGCGCGACGGCACGCUCGAAGGAAGCUUGAGUGACGCAUUAUCCUUCCUGCGCAACUCCACGGAAGCGAAAAGAGCGUAUGUUUUACAGUUUGAUGGUGAUCCAGCAGCCUCCCAAACGGCAAAUUUGAGGGAAGAAGUGACCGCAGUGUUGAAGACCGCUGAUGCUUCGCGAGGCGACGAGGUCGUCCUCAAGCUGACGACGGGCGGUGGCACCGUGACGGGCUACGGCCUCGCGGCUGCCCAACUGUUGAGAUUGAAGGACGCCGGACUCAAAUUAACGGUGUGUGUAGAACAAGUUGCAGCUUCCGGAGGCUACAUGAUGGCGUGCUGCGGCGAUCGCAUCAUCGCGUCGCCCUUCGCCGUGCUUGGGAGCAUUGGCGUCAUCACGGACAUUCCUAAUGCGUAUGAGAGGUUAAAACAGGAGGGCAUCGAGUUCCAGACGGUUACUGCUGGGGAUUUCAAGCGGACCGUGACCCCUACGAAAAAAGUGACUAAAGAAGACCUCGCGAAGACCGAGGCCGACAUCAAGGAGAUCUUUUCAUUGUUCAAAAAAUUUGUGAAGGGGCAACGGCCAUCUCUGGACAUUGAAAAGGUCGCGACGGGCGAGACGUGGUUCGGGCAAGAUGCCUUAGAUAGGCACCUUUGUGAUGAGUUGCGGACCUUCGAUGAUGUCAAGCUCGACUUGUUUGAGGCGGGUGCUGAAGUGUUGCAGGUCACGUAUGCGCCGCCUCCUAACACUCCUCUGGAAGCUUUGCUGCAGCCGGCGGGCUCCGCGUCUUUAGUGGAACUGGCGAAGGCGGCCUUGCCCGUGCUCUCCUCUCUGGCUUCGUUGGAUGUCAAGGCCGGCCAGCCGCUCGCUCUUGAUGCCGAUAUUAGGGACCGCUACCGCCUCCAGGACGACCGCUGGAUGUCCUAGGGUAACAGACACAUAGUUAAUUCGUGCGUCGCGGCGACGGCGUCUGCCUUGUCGCGACGCGCGCCGGCGCCAAGCGAACACAAGUCCCUGGACAAGGACCUGAAAUCCGCCCCACCGCCGCGCGGCAGCCGCGGCACCAAACGAACACACACACAAACAGAAAG